CACAAUCAGAUUAUCAGACUCAACGAUUCGAAGAAGAGACUCCUUUGAGUGGAUGAUGAGUUACGAAGGUAACGGAGAUGGCGUCGCUGUCUCCACCGCAACCAACAACAACAACGAUGACUACAUAGCUCGGGAGAGUUCGCCUUUUCAGCAGUCCCUUGGUGGGGAGGAUGGUCACGAAGACUCCAAGUCUCGAGAAUCUCAUGAUCCUGAAAAGGAUUAUUCAAGAAGCAAGGAGAAAGACAAGGAAAAUCAAGACAGAGACAAAGAUAGUGAAAGGGAAAAGAGCAGAGACAGAGACAGGGAGAAAAGCAGAGAUAGAGAUAGGGAGAAAAGCAGAGAUAGAGAUAGGGAGAAAAGUAAGGAUAGGGAACGAGACCGCCAUCAUAGAGAUCGUCAUAGGGACCGUAGCAGAGAACGUAGUGAGAAAAGAGAACGUGAGAGAGAUGAUUUGGAUGAUGAUCAUCAUCAUCGCAGAAGUCGAGACCGUGACAGCAGGAGGAGGUCUCGCGAUCGAGACAGAGAAGAGAGGCACAGGCGGCGGUCACGCUCUCGGUCUAGGAGCCGCUCCGAGCGUAGGUCAGAACAUAGGCAUAGGUCUGAACAUAGAUCACGUUCUCGCUCACGGUCACGGUCAAAGAGCAAGAGGGUAAGUGGAUUUGAUAUGGCGCCCCCUGCUUCUGCAAUGUUAGCUGCUACUGCUGUUGCUACCGCAGCAGGCCAGGUUCCUAGUGUGCCUACUGCUGCUACUAUUCCAGGGAUGUUCCCCAACAUGUUCCCGAUGGUCCCUGGUCAGCAACUGGGCACACUACCUGUAAUGCCAGUUCAGGCAAUGACUCAGCAGGCAACUAGGCAUGCUCGGAGAGUCUAUGUUGGUGGGCUUCCACCAACUGCAAAUGAACAGUCGGUGGCUACGUUCUUUAGCCAAGUGAUGUCGGCCAUUGGGGGAAACACUGCUGGGCCAGGUGAUGCGGUGGUCAAUGUUUAUAUAAACCAUGAAAAGAAGUUUGCUUUUGUAGAGAUGAGAUCUGUUGAGGAGGCUAGUAACGCAAUGGCAUUAGACGGCAUUAUACUAGAGGGAGUUCCUGUAAAGGUUAGGAGGCCAACUGACUAUAAUCCGUCCCUUGCUGCAACUCUUGGUCCGAGCCAGCCUAAUCCCAGCCUGAACUUGGCGGCUGUUGGAUUGUCUUCGGGGUCUACUGGUGGGCUUGAGGGUCCUGACCGCAUUUUUGUGGGCGGGCUUCCUUAUUACUUCACAGAGGCACAGAUCAGGGAGCUUUUAGAGUCUUUUGGUCCCCUAAGAGGUUUCAACUUGGUCAAAGACAGGGAAACUGGAAAUUCAAAGGGAUAUGCGUUCUGUGUUUACCAAGAUCCUUCAGUAACAGAUAUUGCAUGUGCCGCUCUAAAUGGGAUUAAGAUGGGUGAUAAGACACUUACAGUUAGGCGUGCAAUCCAGGGUGCAGUUCAACCUAAACCCGAGCAAGAAGAAAUCUUACUUCAUGCUCAACAACAGAUUGCUUUUCAGAGGCUUAUGUUACAACCAGGAGGCACUCCCACCAAGAUUGUCUGUUUGACUCAGGUGGUUACAGCUGAUGAUCUUAGAGACGAUGAAGAAUAUGCAGACAUUAUGGAGGACAUGAGACAAGAAGGUGGAAAAUUCGGUAACUUGGUGAAUGUUGUGAUUCCGAGGCCCAAUCCAGAUCAUGAUCCAACACCAGGAGUCGGAAAGGUUUUCUUAGAAUAUGCGGAUGUGGAUGGCUCAUCAAAGGCUAGAUCGGGAAUGAACGGAAGAAAAUUUGGAGGAAACCAAGUGGUGGCUGUGUAUUACUCUGAAAACAAGUAUGCGCAAGGCGACUACGAAGACUAAGAUAUCUACUAACGUCUUCUUAAGCUUUAGUUUGGAGCUCUUAGCAACGAACAAGUUUGGAUCUUUGUUUGUUUGUCUUCUACAUGGAGAUAUUUGUUUGUCUAGAAAAUGACUGCAAUAGUAUGAGUGAAUUAUAGUAUUUAUCCAGCCACUAAUUCUAGCAUUUGCUUUCAUUAAACACUAAAGUUAAAUUAUUUUGUCUCGCA